CCAAGGUGCUCCCUGACUCACCUGUUGGACAGGUAGGGGGGAAGGGAAGGGUAAUGAGUCUUACCUGCUCAGAGCUUGGGUGGGGCAAGACACACCCCAUCCUUUCCAUUGGUUCUUUUUUAGUCUUACUGACAGCCUCUUGUCCAAUCAGGAGGAAGCAACGUUCUAUCUGCCAAUAGGUGCAGAGUGAGGACGGGACCUCAAAUUGGAGUACAUCCCCAGAGCCGACUGGCAGUCCCUGGGGCCAAUGACGAGCGGAUAAACACAGGCGGCCGUGGAAGAGGACUGGAGGCGAGGCUCCGCCCCGCUGUGGGACAGUCAGGCGAGACAGCCAGUGAGCUCGCACCAGCGGGUGGGCGUCUCCCGCGGGGGCGGAGUUUCAAGGGUGCGAGGGGCGUGGCUUGGCUGUCAGGUCCCUUCGCCUUUUGUUCGGUUACUGAGUUGCUGCCUUGGCCAGAGUCCGGAGCAGCCGCCGCCCGAGCGCGCCGAGCUCAGUUCGCUGCCCGCGCCGGCUCCCGCCCCGGCCCGACCCCGACCCGGCCCGGCCAGGCUCUACACGCAGCAGCUGCGAUGGAGGUGAUGAACUUGAUUGAGCAGCCCAUCAAGGUGACCGAGUGGCAGCAGACGUACACCUAUGACUCGGGCAUCCAUUCGGGCGCCAACACUUGUGUGCCCUCCGUCAGCGGCAAGGGCCUCGUGGAGGAUGAUGAGGCCUGUGGGCGCCAGUAUACACUCAAGAAGACCACCACCUACACCCAGGGGGUGCCCCAGAGCCAAGGUGACCUGGAAUACCAGAUGUCCACGACGGCCAGAGCCAAGCGGGUGCGUGAAGCCAUGUGCCCUGGCGUGUCGGGCGAGGACAGCGCGCUGCUGCUGGCCACCCAGGUGGAGGGGCAGACCACCAACCUGCAGCGGCUGGCUGAGCCAUCCCAGCUGCUCAAGUCGGCCAUCGUGCAUCUCAUCAACUACCAGGAUGACGCUGAGCUGGCUACCCGCGCCCUGCCCGAGCUCACUAAGCUGCUCAAUGAUGAGGACCCGGUGGUGGUGACCAAGGCAGCCAUGAUUGUGAACCAGCUGUCGAAGAAGGAGGCAUCGCGGCGGGCCCUCAUGAGCUCGCCCCAACUGGUGGCAGCUGUCGUGCGUACCAUGCAGAACACCAGCGACCUGGACACGGCCCGCUGUACCACAAGCAUCCUGCACAACCUCUCCCACCACCGCGAGGGGCUGCUGGCCAUCUUCAAGUCGGGCGGCAUCCCAGCCUUGGUCCGCAUGCUCAGCUCCCCCGUGGAGUCGGUGCUGUUCUAUGCCAUCACCACGCUACACAACCUGCUGCUGUACCAGGAGGGCGCCAAGAUGGCGGUGCGCCUGGCGGACGGGCUGCAGAAGAUGGUGCCGCUACUCAACAAGAACAACCCCAAGUUUCUGGCCAUCACCACCGACUGCCUGCAGCUGCUGGCCUACGGCAACCAGGAGAGCAAGCUGAUCAUCCUGGCCAACGGAGGACCCCAGGCCCUUGUGCAGAUCAUGCGUAACUACAGUUAUGAGAAGCUGCUGUGGACCACCAGCCGCGUGCUCAAGGUGCUGUCUGUGUGUCCCAGCAAUAAGCCUGCCAUCGUGGAGGCCGGUGGGAUGCAAGCUCUGGGCAAGCACCUGACCAGUAACAGCCCCCGCCUUGUGCAGAACUGCCUGUGGACCCUGCGAAAUCUCUCAGACGUGGCCACCAAGCAGGAGGGCCUGGAGAGCGUGCUGAAGAUUCUGGUGAACCAGCUGAGCGUGGAUGAUGUCAACGUCCUCACCUGUGCCACCGGCACACUGUCCAACCUGACGUGCAACAACAGCAAGAACAAGACGCUGGUGACGCAAAACAGCGGCGUGGAGGCGCUCAUCCACGCCAUCCUGCGUGCCGGUGACAAGGACGACAUCACUGAGCCUGCCGUCUGCGCCCUACGCCACCUCACCAGCCGCCACCCUGAGGCUGAGAUGGCCCAGAACUCCGUGCGCCUCAACUAUGGCAUCCCGGCCAUCGUAAAGCUGCUCAAUCAGCCCAACCAGUGGCCCCUGGUCAAGGCAACCAUUGGCCUGAUACGGAAUCUGGCCCUGUGCCCAGCCAACCACGCCUCGCUGCAGGAGGCCGCCGUCAUCCCUCGCCUUGUGCAGCUGCUGGUCAAGGCCCACCAGGAUGCCCAGCGCCACGUGGCAGCAGGCACACAGCAGCCCUACACGGAUGGUGUGAGGAUGGAGGAGAUUGUGGAGGGCUGCACUGGGGCCCUGCAUAUCCUCGCUCGGGACCCCAUGAACCGCAUGGAGAUCUUCCGGCUCAACACCAUCCCCCUGUUUGUGCAGCUCCUGUACUCAUCCAUGGAGAACAUCCAGCGUGUGGCUGCUGGCGUGCUGUGCGAGCUGGCCCAGGACAAGGAGGCAGCUGAUGCCAUUGAUGCGGAGGGGGCCUCGGCCCCACUCAUGGAGCUGCUGCACUCCCGCAAUGAGGGCACUGCCACCUACGCUGCUGCUGUCCUGUUCCGCAUCUCCGAGGACAAAAACCCAGACUACCGGAAGCGCGUGUCUGUGGAGCUCACCAACUCCCUCUUCAAGCACGACCCGGCUGCCUGGGAGGCUGCCCAGAGCAUGAUCCCAAUCAACGAGCCCUAUGCGGAUGACAUGGACGCCACCUACCGCCCCAUGUACUCCAGCGAUGUGCCCCUGGACCCCAUGGAAAUGCACAUAGACAUGGACGGGGACUACCCCAUGGACACCUACAGUGAUGGCCUCAGGCCCCCCUAUCCCACCGCGGAUCACAUGCUGGCCUAGGCGCUCCGCUCCGGUACGGCGCCCCCUCUCAGCUCCUCUGAUCGAAGCCCUCCCAUUUCCCCUGGCUCCUUUUGGGGGGCCCUUUGCUUCUGAGCUUCCCCAAACACCGGGUGUCCUGGCCCGCCUCGUGUUUUUGCUCGGGCUGGGGAGUCCUGCCCCCGCGGACCCUUCCUGCUGGGGGUGAUGGCCGGUGACCUGGGAGUAGCUGCUCUUCUGGGGAUGCAGGUCCAGCUGAGCCGCUGACACCCCUGUCUGCCCGCAGGUGCGGUUCCUCCUCGGAGAGUCUCCAAGCAGGCGAUGAGGCGAGACGGAAAAGUGCCUGAGCUGGGGGCGGGGCCGCUACGUCCCGAGCCCCGCCCCCCAGGUCCUCUGCGGGGUCUUUCUUGGGAUCAUGUGCUCCUGCUUUCUGUCCCCGGCAAGCGUCCAGGGCCCGCCCCCCUCUUCGCCCCCAUGGCCCCGCCACUGAAGCUUCAGACCCCAGCGCCCACUCUGUGUCCCCAGCACCCCCGCCCCGCCUGCCCGUCUCCAGCUGCCCGGGCCCCGCAGGUUUGCGGUUACUUCUCUGGGGCUUUUUCUCCCCCAACUCCACUGACCAACUGCCCUGAGCCCCCGGGGUCUUCAGGACUAGGGUCAAGGCCCCAGGCCCUCAAAUCCAAAGUUUCUCCUAAGUCCAGGGACUGUCCAGGGCAGCUGGGAGAUGGGGGUGAGCCCGGUGCCCCGGCCUCUCCCUCCAGGAAGCUCGGUUAGUUUCAUCACCCCCUCCCCGAAGCUCUAGGAACAGCUUCCUCAGCCCCUGUCUCCCCUCACAACUGUCCAGCUAACCUUGAGAAGUGCUCUUGGCUGACCCUCUGGUGUGCGGUGAGGGGCUCUCUCUCCCCCUUCCUGUUUCAGAUCCCCGCACCCCCAGGGUGUAGGGGGCGGGGCAGUCCUAGCAGAGAGGUUUUAUUAUCGCUUUAUGUUUUUGGUUAUUGGUUUUUUUGUAUAGACCAAAGCAAAGCAAAUAAAAAGAAC